AUGCGCAUUGCCAUCGUACGUGCUCCUACUAAUGUGGGUACCGUGCGCACUGACGCAGGCUACAUGUUCGACUCGCUGGAAGAAAUUUCGCCGCUACUCGAGAACCCGUACACGGGCGAGGGCGCGACUUCCGUUCUUGCGGCGGACCUGGCACGCCAUCUGCAGUGCCACGUUGUCGCUGGCUUCCCAGAGCGGGCCUCGCCCCGUGCGCUCGAGGAGCUUGGCUCGCGGGGCCAGCACGACGCGCGCAUCGCGCGCGAGAAGGUGACGGGUCUCGCACACCUCCCUCGCAUUGAGCGGCAGGCGUUCAAUGCGGCGAUGCUUGUCGGCCCUGACGGCUCGCUCGUCAAAGUCUUCCGGAAGCACUUUCUCUACGAGGCGGAUACCACGUGGGCCGACGAGGGCAGCGGCUUCGAGUACCUCGACGUGCCGGGCCUUGGGCGUAUAUGCGUGGCCAUUUGCAUGGAUUUGAACCGUACGUACAUGUGCCUUACGCCAGCCUAUACCCUCGAGUCGGAGUUUAGCCGGUAUGAGCUCGCGACCUAUUGCGAGCAGCACCGCAUCGACUGCCUGGUGGUGCCGAUGAACUGGCUCCUGCCCGAGGACGAUAUCGAGGCGUACCAAGCACAGACGAGCUCCAGCGACCCAAGCCUCGCGACGAUCAACUACUGGGUCGCCCGCUGCAUGCCGCUAUGGAUGCCGGGCCUCUGCCAGCCCGGCCACGAGGGCCACACGACCUACCUCGUCGCGUGCAACCGCACAGGUGUGGAGCGAGGUACGUAUCCAUGCCUCACGCAGACAUUGUGUUCGCUGGCUCGUCCAGUGUCAUUGCGUUCACGUACGCAGAUCGCGCCGACCUGCUGGGCACGACAGGGGCGCGCACCGAGGGCACGCUAG